AUGUCCUCUGCUCAUGAUGCCACCACCAAGAUCUCCAUCGACAAGUUCGACGGCGACAACUACGCGACGUGGAGCCGCUACAUGCGUGGCGUGUUCCUGACCAAGUCGGCGUGGCACGUGGUGAACCGGGAGACCACCCCCACCUUCGCCGAUCCUCGCGCCAGUGACGACUACAUCAAGACGAACAACAUUGCGUUCGGCUUGAUGCUGCUGCACAUGAGCGCGGAUUAUCAUCACGUGGUUGAUGACUGUGAAGAGGCGUGGGUCGCGUGGGCGCGUUUGAAGACGCUGUACGGCGGGUCGCAGAAGGCUGGACGCAUCUACUUGAAGCGCCAGCUGUUCAGCAUGGAGAUGGCGGAAGGCGGCAAUGUGAUGCAUCAUUGCAACGAAGUCCUCAACAUCAGCGCGAAGCUCAGCAGCAUCGGCGCCAAGAUGGAGGACGAGGACGUGGCGAUCUGCUUGUUGCGCAGCCUCCCCAAGAGCUACGAGAACAGACAAGGUGACAAGACGACAUCGGUGAAGACUGAAGACGCGGCGAAGGCGUUCAGUGCCGAGCGUGAACCUCGCCAGUGUACAUACUGCGGAAAAUUGGGGCACACGGCGGAGCGGUGCUGGACCAAGCAGAAGGACGAAAAUCAAGGUGGAGCUCGACGCGGCGGCAACAAUGCUCGUGGACGCGGAGCCAACAACGUUCAGUGGCGAACCAACAGCAACUACGAUGACAACUACGAUCGAGUUGCGUUCGCGGUUUCGCUGGAGGCUGGACUUUCGACGGGCAAGAAUAUGCCAGGGAUGUGGGCAGUCGACAGCGGUGCGACGCAUCACAUCUGCAACGACAAGGCCAAGUUUGCAAGCCUGAAUGAGCGAGAGGAAGGCGAACUAUCAGUGGCUGAUGGCAGCAAGGCUGCGAUCAAGGGUGUGGGAACCAUCAUGGAACGGGUGGUUCUGCCCAAUGGUGACGAACUCGACAUCGAGAUCAAGGACGCACUGUUCGUACCAAGUAUGAGCAAGAAUCUGCUUUCGGUGCCACAGAUCAACAAGGGUGGCAGGUUCCAAGUCGUGUUCGAUGGAUCCAAGAUGCAAGUGAAGCGCAAGAAUUCCACACAAGUCGUGGCAACAGCGGAUCUCGUCGAUGGACUUUACUGGCUGCGGACUCCUCAACGAUCGGCAAAUGCAGCAACACGCAAUGGGACCAUCGACUUGCAUGCGCGCAUGGGUCAUGCACCCCUCGAAGUUCUGCGCAAGAUGGUGGCCACUGGCAUGAUCAAGGACGCCAAGGCACCUCUCAACUCGACUGGUCCAAGUGUGUGUCGCGGUUGCCAGCAAGGAAAGAUGGUUCAAAAACCAUUCCCAACCAACCGUGACAAACGCCAAUAUGGUGUGUUCGAGUUGCUGCACUUCGACAUCUGCGGGCCAAUGGAACAAGUUUCGAUCGGCGGCAGCAGAUACUUACUGCUUGUGGUUGACGAAGCCAGCGGUUGCAUGAAGGGCUUCUGUCUGCGGUCCAAGUCUGAGAGUGAAGACUGUAUCAAGAACCACAUUAUCAAGAUUCAAACUCAGUUCGGCACGAAGAUCCAAGUUUGUUCGGCACGAUGGAGCGCAUGA